GUUAUUUCCACUCUUUUUUCUUUUUCUUUUUCCUCUUAAUUUAUUAUUUAUUGCUAUGGAAACCUAUUUUGGUUAUAUAAAGACGCCGCAAGAUGCUCUAAUUAUAUUCGAAGCAUGUAGAAAAUCAAAACUACAAAGAGUUCAACGUAGAUUAUCAUCAAAAGAAAGAGUUCAAAUUAGAUCUGGUUCAGUAUUUGCAUGGGACGAGAGAGAGGCUGGUAUGCGCCGUUGGACAGAUGGCAAAACAUGGUCACCUAGUCGGGUACUAGGCAGUUUUUUAACUUAUCGUGAGUUGGAUACUAAAAGAAGACCCCGUCGACUUUCAUUAACUAUCAACAAAUCUUCAAUUGCCUGUUCUUAUAAACCAGAUGGCCUCAUCAAACAAAGCUUUUCCAUUUGUACUGCCGCCAACCAAAAGCUACACCUUAUCUCUUAUUAUUCAAAGUCUGAUGUAUUAGCCGGUCGUUUAAAGCAACCUUCAACCGAUCCUUUAUUAGCUUCGAUUAAAGUACAAAAGGGACUUUAUCCAGAACUGAAUCCACUUGAUACCAGUGGUGGACAUUCAGCUACAAUUCACAACAUGCGCCUCUCAUUGUCAACGCCUUCCUUAUCCCGCCAUUUGUCAAUCGACGUCGAUUUGGCUAAUUCUCCUCCUUCGCUUUCUUCCUCACCUAGCACAUGUGACGACGAACUGAUGACAGAUUUAUCUUCACCUCCUCCCCCUCAUCACCAUCAUUAUACUCCUAGUUUUAUAAAGUCAAUGUUACCCUUACCUCCCGCUCAAGACAUCGCUUGGGGCAAGAUACCUUCUUCUGAAGAUCAACGUCAACUGAACGCAUUACAAGCAUUAUUAAGACUAUAAAUUUCUUCACCCGUUAUACCUUUUAAUACUACUACUACUACUAUUAUUAUUUCUAUGGCAUCUCCUUCUUUUUCAUGCUUUCUUUUUUUUAUAUUAUCUACUGGGUCUCCUUAAGCUAUCUCUCUCUCUUUCAUAAAACUGUCUACGUUCUAUCAAGUCCCCCCCCUUUUUUUCCCCUUUCCUCUCGUUUCUAUCUUUAUUUAUUACGCCUACAAAUCUUUCUUAUUUUUCACAUUACCAAAAAUAAAAACUUUACGUAUACAAAAAGAGUUACCAAGAAG